AUGCUUGGACGGAUCCGGCCGAGCCGUCAGCUGCAGCUGCGCGCUGCUCCCCCGACUCGCACCCCCUCGGCGAAGCGCUGCAUUUUAUGUAAUUUUCUGCCGGGCUGCUGGCUUGUGGGGGUUGCGGCUGGGUCUCGGCAGCCUUCAGCGCCGCAGACGCUCCGGCAACGCCGGCAUACGAGGCCCCCACCCCAGGAGCGCGGGUCCGGGCGGCGUUCCCCUCUGCGGGAGGCGCGGCGAGCCAAUCCUCACUUUAAAGGCUUUCGUGUCCUCGAAGCGAAGGGUCUUCCGUUGGGGGCAAGACGCGCUGGCCCCAGACGACCGGUCCGUGAAAUGACCCUUCCGGGCGACCCGGAGCGGGCGACCUUGCCAAACCCGCGGCUCGGGGCCCCCGCGGUCCCGCGUAGAGGACCCACGCCCCACGGGGGGCGGCGGUGA